AAGAAAUAUACAGCAGCUCAUGAAUGGAUCUCUGUCGAAAACGAUAUCGGAACCGUGGGCAUUACCGAUCAUGCUCAAAAAUCUUUGGGUGAUGUCGUUUUCAUCGAAACUCCCGCUGUCGGAGAAAAGUUCAGUGCAGAAGAGCAAAUUGGUACUGUUGAGUCUGUCAAGGCUGUAAGUGAUAUUUAUACUCCUGUUUCUGGUGAAGUUGUCGAAGUCAAUACUUCUUUACAAGAUGAGCCUUCUUUGAUCAAUCAAAGUGCUGAAGGCGAAGGUUGGUUGGCCAAGAUUAAGCUUGCCAAUCCUCAAGAAUUAGAAGCUUUGAUGGAUGAAGCUCAAUAUAAAGAACACUGUGCUAAUGAUGAGCACUAA